AUGUUUCUACCUACUUCUUCCGACCGGUGGGUACUAGGGCUUAUCUGGAAGUCACUAGAAGACAAGGGCGAGAUCCCGAAGAGUGGAGCCCGAGCUAUUCCUGCGCUGAUGCAGGUGAUUACAACACCGUCUCAGGCUCGCAGGUUGGUGAGAUCCAUGAUAAUUAAAGUGGAUACGCUACCCGUUCUUGCUGGACCCACUUUCGGCAUCUUAGUGGACAAGCUUGAAAUGUCUGGCACGGCAGACGGUGAUGACAAUAUUAUCAACUGCUACGAUUUCGACAAGAAUAAACCGCCCGAUUUGCGAUGGUCACUCGUGGUAGGUUUAAUUUGUACAAAAAUCAUGGGUCAUCCCAGACGCGGUAUUCGCAAUGCUGCUGCAGAGACUCUUGCAGCCAAAAUCAGUUACAAGAGCAGAGCAGGCAUUGCGAUUCUGGGAUAUGCUUUGAACAGUUCCCAUCUCGUUCCAGAAGCUGUUUCAGAAGCUGCUGCCGGCAAGCCGCUCGCCGCAGCAGUGGAAUCAUCCGGCAGCGGCGCCUUUCCAAUUCUGUCGCGGGUUCUAAGCAGAAGCGAGCCAGGCGUGCGGAGUAAGGCGGCAGGCAGGGCGCUUUUCUUGGCCAUUCAGUCUAUGAAGCUCGAGGACGCCCGUGUUUGGGUUGCGCCAGUGAUGAACGACACCGACGAAGAGGUGCGAACAUCAGCGGGGCCAGCGCACGCCUUGGUGGCUAAGGAAUUAGCCGAGGCAGCCCAAACCAGAGCUGAGCAAGCCGAACAGGCAGCUGAAAAGGAGAACGAGCACGCCAGGGAGGAGAAGGUGAUGGCCGAGCAACAGCGAGAAAAGGCGGAGAACGAGAAGGCAGUGGCGGUCGCGGAGAAGGCCUGCGCGACGGCGCUGACGAAGCAGGUGAGAAUGGAGAUGUCCUGCGCUGGCGUGGGCGACGGCUUCAUGCUCCACGGCUCUCCCGCGCAGGCCUACCGCUGCAGGAACCGCGGGGCGCGCCGCCCUCCGGGCGUCGAGCACGAAGACCGCCAGUGGCUGGGGGCCAGGGUCGGCGGCGAGGCCGAGUGCCCGCUGGGCCGCAGUGCAACGCACCCGUCCUCGCCGAUGUGCUGCCCAGGAUACGAUGCCGACAGCCCCGGCUGCAGCCGCUGCAGCAGCGGCCACGGCCGGUCGAGCACGGACCCCUUCGCCUGCGAGAGGUGCGGCGCCCCCGCGCUGCAGCUGGCGGCCUUCCUGCUGGUGCCCGCGGCACUGUUCGGGAUGUCGGUCCGCGCGAACUCGCAGGCCCGGCGCUCUGGAGACACCUUCAACGACCUGCUGAAGAUCCUCCAGUCGUUCGGCUCGGGGGCAGCGGAUGUCCUGAGUGCCCUGGCGGCAUGCGAGUCCCACGCGUCGGUUCCUGGCGGGCAUGAACCAAGGGGAGGACCCAACGGAGUUUCUCUCGGGCAACUACCGUCAUGA